AUGGCGGACAGCGCCAUCGCUAGGGAUGUCAAUUGUCUGCUCGAUCCCAGCGUGUCCGUUCGCAAGGCAGCGCUCUUGCGCCUGGAGCACGGAGUCCGGGCGCGAGGCGAGGAGGAAAUUCAGGAGCUAGGUAGUGAUGCCGUCAUCAAGGCUAUCUUGCGGAGGUUUGCUGAUCCAUCGGAGAAAUGCCGCUGUCUAGCUGUGUCGAUCCUUCUCAGCCUUCUCGAAAUUAUUCCAGGAUGUGUGGUGAGUUUGCUGCCUUACAUUCUUCCGGUCGUGUCGGAGCGCUUGCCAUUGAGAUCUCUUCCCGACGAAGUAGAGUUUGGAACGAAGGUAGGCCAAGAAGCUUUACUAGAGCCAUCAGAGGAAGUCCGGCUUCUCCUCGUUCGGCUCUUAACCUCCUUACUCAACCAUGCUCCUCGACUCAUCCAUCCCUUCGCGUCCGAGGUUGCGUCUAUCAUCAUGGUCACCGCAACUGAUUCAUACCCGGAAGUUCUCAUGGAAACCAUGACUUUGCUAGAACGUUUCACAGAUACCAUGGAUCAAAAGAUCAAGCCAAUUGCCAAGCAGCUGGUGUCCGUGAUCUUACGCUUGCUUGUACACAAUCGCUACAAAGUGCGUGUCGCUGCGCUCCGCGCUGUUCACCGGCUUGUUCUUUGCGGUGCUCACGAGAGCAUUUACGACCUCACGGCUUACCAAGAUCCCAAUCUGGUUCCAAUAAAAGCAUUCUAUCAUCCCUAUACGAAGACACAAUAUCUAGCGUUACUGGCAACGGAUAAAUCGGUAGCUGUCCGGAAAGAACUUCUUUGGGUUAUUGCGAGCUGGUUGAUGAAACUUGACGAAAGAAAGCAGCACGAGGUCCGUCUUGUACCGUACGUCAUUAGUGGCUUCAAUGACUCAGACAAGGAGGUUCAAGCACUCGCUUUUCAACUAAUGGAAGAAAUUGGUCGACAGUACGAGAGUGAAAACGAGAAUGAGGUCAGGGACAUGAAGCAGUACUUUCAAGAAUCCACUGAAAACAUUUUGAUUGGAAGCGAAGCUUUGCCGCCUGUUUUCAAGCACCGUCCUUGUUUGGGAGCCAGGAUACUUGUGAGAAACUGUUUUAGCGUUCUUCUCUAUGCAAUAGAUGCUGAUCUCCACGCCUGGACCAGUGGAACGAAAGAACUAUCAUCGAGGUUCCUGUACACUGUACUGAUUUUUGUCGAAGAAAACGCCACUAUGCAUCUUGAACCACUCUGCAAUCUUUUCAUUAAGGCUUGUGGUGACUUGGUGGUGCAAAAGGCGAUCUUGGAGUGCGCAAAAGUGGUUGGAUUCUUUGUUGAUCCAUCCGCUUAUCUGCCUAUUAUACUGCCACAUCUAAGUGGUGAGCUUUCUGGACAGUCAACAAUACAGAACGCAGGGCGGACGCUAAAGAUUUUAUCUAGUUUUCUGGCCGGGACCCCAUCUUCUCUCCUUGCCAAGCACCCUCCUGACAUCUGUUCGUCAUUGACAGAGCAAGAUCUUCUCACAAGCAUCGACAGUGACGUGAAUUCGGGGAUCGUUCUGUCAUGCAAAGCUAUGGUGGCUGCCUCUUGUGAAGAUGAAUUAGCCUUGCUGUGGAUAAUUCUACAUGCAAUUUCGGCUGCCGAAUUCAGUAGAAAGCCUUCUGAAAUGGCGGAAUCCGUUCUCAGGGAUCUAGCAAGAGCAAGCAGACGUGAAUCCUCGGAUAAACUACUGGCGGAUCAUGCGGAUUCUAUUCUAAGCAUGUUACCAGACCCAGAGUUCUGGAUCAUGCGUUCCCUCCAACCAUUUAUCUUUCGCAGGUUGCUGAUAGCCGGGGCAGCGUGCGGGAAUGAAAUCUUGAACGGGUUGUUACUUCCAAUUCUAUCGGGUGGAACGGGCUGCAUAGCUGAAAGCGUUCGUGAGACGAUACUAUCAACUUUGGGACAUUUGGAACACGACAUCAAUCUGAAGCUACUGGUAGACGCAAAGACCAAGCUUUCACAAACCGAAGACUUAUGAGUUAAAUAACGAACUCUUGGGAGCGUCCAGUUCGUGUAGAAGAUACUCUUGGCAACGAUCAAAUGGAAUGUUCCAAAGGAUGCAUUGGCAGGAAUGUCCAGUGAAAUUCUCAUUUAGCUAGUUUUCUUCCUUUAACUAGUAAAUGUGAAAAGGAGAUUAGCUUAA